ACUCAGUGGGACAACAGGCGCCGAGCUGUAUAUACGCACGAGAGAGAGAGAGAGAGAGAUUGAGAGAGAUACAGAAGAGAUAUAUAGCACGGUCGUUUCGUGUCAGAAUUUUUUUUUAUUAUUUAAAGGAGAGAGAAGAAGAAGAAGAGAUAACCAAGUCCUUGUACAGUGUUUUAAGAGGAAAGGAAAAAAAGAAGGAAAUUAAGAAAUAAUAAUGUUAGAUUCUGGCCCUUAUAAGGUACGUCUUGUGUGAUUGGGUCUUAAAAAAAACGCCUGAAGAGAAUAUAUACAUACAGUCCACGAAGCUUCUUCAAUAUUUUUCUACAAAUUAAAAGUGUAUAUUUUACAAGAGAGAGAGAGACACCAACGCGUCAACCUGAAGGAACCGACUUAAAAAAAAACACGUGUUGUGAUAAGUUUUAAUUCUCCUUUAUUAAGUGUGAAGAUUUAGUGGCCUCUUUUAUUAAAACAAAGUGUUGGUGGUGUGUGUGUGAAGAUUGAAUCCACCUCCAGAAACCCACAGUGAUGUCUCCUGGCAUAGCACAAGAUCCGGGUCUCCUGGAACUACAUCCCGACACUGUGCUGCGCGCGCGCUGGGACGGCCGCGACGUAGACCACAAGGCCGUGGGGGGACACCUGCCCCUGAGCAAGCGCAACUCGACGCCCGUGGGGGCCGCCAUCCCCACCUCCAGCGCCCACGCCCAGCUCCUGCAGCAGGCCCACGCCGCUAAGGCCUCCCUCGCGCCCAUGGAGCCACAGAACCUGCACCGGCGGCUGGACCGCUCGCACUCGGAGCCCGUGAAGGGCGGCGACGCGCGCCAGCCCAACUCGUCGCGCUACAAGACGGAGCUGUGCCGCCCCUUCGAGGAGAACGGCCACUGCAAGUACGGCGAGAAGUGCCAGUUCGCGCACGGCCAGCUGGAGCUGCGCACCCUCACGCGGCACCCCAAGUACAAGACGGAGCUGUGCCGCACCUUCCACACCAUCGGCUUCUGCCCCUACGGCCCGCGCUGCCACUUCAUCCACAACGCCGAGGAGCGCCGCGGCUCCACCGCCGGCGCCCCCGGCUCCGCCUCACACGCGCCGCUCUCGCCCAAGAGCUCCCUCGGCGGCUCCGCCUUCCCCGCCCACGCGCCGCUGUCCCGCCAGCAGGUCUUCCACAUGAGCUCGGCCAUGGGCGGCCCGCUCGGCUCCACGGCGGAGUCCCCGUCGCCGCCCGCGUCCUUCCACGGCUCGCCCACGUCCUCCGCCGGCUCCUUCUUCGACGACUCCUUCACGCUGUUCGCCGGCGGCAGCUACGGGCUGGCGGGCGCCAAGAGCUUCCUGGACGGCCUGACGGUGGGCCUCGGCUCCACCGGCAUGGCCGCGGGGCCCGGCUCGCCCGGAGGCUCCUCCUGCAGCGGCGGCAACGGCCGCGCCCUCAGCGAGUUCGACAUGGUGCGGGAGGGGACGCUGCUGUCGCUGGCGGGGCUGGACACGCCCCCCGUCAGCCCCGUGGAGUCCCUGGCCGGCGACCUGGAUUCGCUGUCGCUCGCGUCGUCCUCGCACUCCACCUCGCCCACGCCCGUCGCCUCCGCCCUCGACAUCUCGCGCUCGCUGCGCCUCCCCAUCUUCGAGCAGCUCUGCGUGCACGACUAGGACGCCUCCGCCCACGCUCUCCCGCCCGCGAGGACACAGGCGGCCGCCCCACGACGCGCCCGCGACAGCUCAAGUUCGGUGUGAUAGUCACGGGCGUCGAGGCACAAGGACGACGGGACGGCUGAGCUGCGGACGGCGUCCGCACGCCCGCGCGCGUCCCGGAAGUGGAGGGCGGGUUGGCGGAGGGCCUGAAGGGCGGCGCUCAGCCGGGCGUUGACGGAAGGGCCCCCGCGCCCGGGCCAGCGUCAGCAGCGCCCGGGACUAGUCUAUUCAACGACCGUCGACGCCCGCGCGCCCGCCCCCGCGCCCUCCGCCUCCGCCUCCCCCGCUGCCCCCCUCCGCCCACGCUGCGCCCUGCCAGGACCAAGACCGAGGGCGGGCGUGGCGGACGAGACCUGUUCAUCACCCCUUGUGCGGAGGGAAGCCCCCCCCCCCACCUUUCUCCCGGCCUCCCUCGCCCUCGCCGCCUCUCCCUCUCUCGCUGCUCUCCGCCUCCGCCUCCGCCCCUCUCGCCGCCCCUCCCCCCUCGCCCUCCGCCCGUGCGCCGUCCCCGCCCGCGCCCACGCCCGCGCCCGCCCACCCAUCUAUUGCUUGUGAUACUGGGGCGGCACGACAAAGUGAAGAGAAUGGAACAGCCGCCCGCAACCUAGAGUUUAUGUAACUGGGCGGCGUCGCGGGCGUGAGGCGUCGACGGGGAUAAGGACGGGCGUGGAGAGAAGUAAAAAAAAGAGGAAGGGUGGAAACAGAGAGAAUGAGAGAGAAAGGAGAAGCGAAGGAAGGAGAGCACGGAGAGGAGAAAAAGAGAGAAGGAAGAAGAGAGAGAGAGAAAAAAGGGAGAAAGGGAUAGGAGGCGAGAAAAGCGUGUGCAAGAGAGAGAGAAAGAGAGGGAUUUCGAAAAAGAAAAAAGCCUCUUUAUGUGUAAAACUUUUCCCAUUUUUUUGCUGCUGUACAGAACAAAGUUUUCAUUUGACACCCCCUCUGUUUUUUUGUGUAAUUACGAAGGAAACUUGCUUGUAUUUAUGUAAUUUAUUUAUUUGCGUGAAGUAGGAAAAAAAGAAUAAUUUAUCUAUGUACUAUAUCUAGUUGCCAUAACAGGAUCGUGUUGUUUAACUCUUUACUGCCGUCUUGGACGCUUAAUUCCCCCCCCCCCCCACCUUCCCUCCCUUCCCUUCCUCCCCCCCCCUCCCCCUUAGCCUCCCCACCAACCCCAUUCAGUUUAUCCUCCCCAACACCUCCCCUCCCCCUUCCCCCCCCCUUUAUUUUUAAAGUCCAAGGCAGACGCUUCUCAUUCCCCCUCCCCCCACACCCUACCCCCCCAUGUCCUUUUCCUUGACCGUCCCUCCCUCAAUCUCCCCCCCCUUCCCCUCCCCUGCCCCCUACCCCCUACCCCCCGUACCUUGUAGAGCACUCGCAAUCUAUUAUAAAUAUAUAAGUAUAUAUAUAUCUUAUCUUUAUAUCUAUCUCUUUAUAUAUGUAUAUCUUUUCAGUUUUUAUAUAAAGCGUUGUUAUUAACUUA